AUGGCUAACUAUUCUGUUCAUACCGAAGCAGCUCGUGUGCUAAAUGAGCACCUUAUGGAAUCCAAAGAUAUUGACCUUCCCCAGUCAUUCAAAGAAGCCGCCAGAUUCGUGAACUUUGUCGGCAGUGAGACCCCUUUUAUCCCAACUCCUCUUAAGAUCCCAACUCCUCUUAAGAUCACCGAAUCCAGCUCCGCAUUAAAUGCAUUGGUCGCUUCCGCUGGUAGUGUAAUUUCGAAGGAUCGAUAUGGGAUUGACUAUCAGGAAGUUGAGGUCAACAGUGAUGUUGCCUCUCUUUUCUUGAUGUCGUCAAUACUCUCGAGUACCAAUGGCAUGCUGGCCUCGAACACCCUCAAAUACUGGCUGAGCUUCAGAAGGGAAACCAGUAUUCGAUGGAGAAGCCCAUUCAUCGCCAAUGCACCAAUGUUUACUAAAUUAAAGACGGUCAUGAUGGGCGUCCCUGAACAAGAUGUUACCCACGAGGAAGCGAUGAAAAUUUACAUGGCUAAGGUCGCCGAAUGGAAGGCCGACGACAUUGACCGCACUGCCAACGACGAAUAUCAACAAGCUGGUGUUAUUUGUAACACUCCCGAGGAGCUUUUUGCCUCUGAACAGGGGCGAGCUAUGGGGGAUGAACCUUUGUACAGGCUGAAGAAACGACCUGCACGGAUAAGUUCAUGGCCUGCAGCCAACGACAGCCGUCGACCACUAUCUGGAAUUCGCGUCAUUGACUUUUCACGAUUCAUUGCUGCCCCAGUCAUCUCCAAGGUUCUCGCUACAUUUGGAGCUGAUGUGCUCAAGGUGACGUAUGAUCAGCUUCCCGAUAUUAGUCCCACCUGGGUUGACAUUAGUGCUGGAAAGCGCGACACAAUUCUGAAUUUGAAGUCUGCUGAGGGCCGCCAGAAGUUCCAGGAGCAGCUCAUCGACAGCGCAGAUGUUCUAAUCGAUGGAUAUCGCCCCGGUGUCCUGGAAAAUCUAGAAUUCGAUGCGGAUACUAUGCGCCGAAACAAUGAAUCUCUCAUAUAUCUUCGUGGGAAUUGUUAUGGGUUCGUGGGACCUCUUGCCUACCGUUCUGGAUGGCAGCAGAUCAGUGACUGCCUAGUGGGCUUGGCUUGGCUUCAAGGAAAGUUCUUGGGAUUAAACGAGCCAGUUGUUCAAACAGCCAACUCAGACUGCCAAAUGGGCCUUGCUGGAGCAGCAGCUGUCUGUCAUGCAUUGUUCGCUUGUACCAAGAAGGCCGUCACAUUUGAUAUCGAUAUAUCUUUGACACAGUAUAACAUUUGGUAUUACCGUUUGGGCCUUUACGAUUAUGAGCAACAGAAGGCUCUUUUGAAUCUCAAUCAGGGGAUCUCCUUGCGUCAUUACGAUGAGAUGGCAAGUCUCAUCACGAAAACACAUGCCGCGAUCACAAAUUCUCGUCCAGAUAUCUUCGAACCUCCUGAGUAUUUCGAAGAGAUGAGCGGGAAAGAGUGGGGUAUACAGGAAAAAUCCAAAAUACUAGUCCCUCCCUUCAAACUUAGCAACUCUACUCUAGACAACAUGAUUCCAUCAGGAAGCCGCGGUCGCUCAGAGCCGGCUUGGCUAAGCCGUCACGCAUGA